UGCAAUGUUACAGGGAGGCUGCUCGUUGUAAGAGGAGAGUGUCUACAUAGUUGCAGAAUGAGGAAACACUUCAGGUGAAGACGUCCUGUUUGGGACGACACCAGACACAACCUGGAUAACUGCAUGUUUAGGUUUCUUCAGUUAUGAGUAAAUAUACGGAUCAUAGUGAGACUGAUCAUCUCCAUGGAUUUAUUAUUUCAAAGUUUUUUCUCCAGCAGAGAAGCGGCAUCAGACCCAGAGCUCAGCAGUGAUGUUGGCCAUGCAGCACUACAACUCCUCCGGCCUGACCGCCCCCUUCCCCCUCUCUAACCACACCACCAUGAUGCAUGAGCCCGAGGUGGAGGCUCUCGCUCAUAAUGCCACCCGUCCUCCAAGUGACCCCACCGCCGCCGGCCUCACCAUGACUCUGGGCAUCCUGUUCAACGUGGUGGCCCUCAUCAUCCUCGCCAAGGCUUACAACCGCUUCCGGCGGCGGUCCAAGGCCACAUUUCUGCUCUUCGCCAGCUCUCUGGUGGCGACAGAUCUGGCUGGACAUGUCAUCCCCGGAGCCCUCGUGCUGAGGAGGUACUCAGAGGACACUGGGGCUGGUCGGGGAGACCCUAUGAAUCCGGAUGCUUCUUGUCUGUUUCUUGGAGGUUGCAUGGUGUUCUUCGGAUUGUGCCCGCUCUUUUUGGGCUGUGCCAUGGCCGCCGAGCGCUGCCUGGGCGUCACCAGGCCUCUGCUGCACGCACGUCUGGUGACCACAGCGAGGAGUAAGAUGGCCCUGGCCUUAAUCUGGCUGCUGGCCCUAUGUGUGGCCCUUCUGCCUUUCUUCAGCCUGGGGGCCUACACGUACCAGUACCCGUGGACGUGGUGCUUCAUCAGGGUGAUGGUGAAGGAGGACGACAAAGAGACAGAUCUGGCCUUCGUGAUGCUGUUCUCCGGACUGGCUCUGAGCUCUCUGUCCUCGGCCUUCGUGUGUAACACCAUCAGCGGGAUCACGCUGGUCAGAGCGCGGCUAAAGAAAAGGUCGUGCUCCCAGCGCCGCUCGGCCAGGUCCCACGACACUGAGAUGGUGGUCCAGCUGGUGGGCAUCAUGGUCACCUCCUGCAUCUGCUGGAGCCCUCUGCUGGUUUUUGGACUGAUGUCAGCCACGCGGUCUUACAUUGGCUUCCAGGACAGUGAGAGAGACACUUACAGGAGCCUGAUGGUGACGGGGGUCAGGAUGGCGACCUGUAACCAGAUCCUGGACCCGUGGGUCUACAUCCUGCUGCGACGCGCCAUCCUCAGGAAGAUCUACCGCAUCACGAAAAAACAGGCCAGUUUCAAGGGGAGCACGUUUCGCUCUGUUCGCUGGGACAUGGGCUCCUUCCAGACCUCAGAGAAAAGCAGUGCCAAUAAGAUUUAAGUGGACCUACAGUGGAAGAAAUGGGACGUGUCAUGUGUCAGUUUUUAAGGGCUGUUUCUUGCCAGCGGGAUCAACACGGAGCUCAGCAGUCCAUAAUCUGGAUCAAAUUCAGUGUUCAGAGGUCUCAGUGAAACGCUGGUGGGAACGAGAGACACGCUGGUUUAUUUGAAUGAAGUGUGUGCGUUGGGAUCCAAAGAGCAUGCUCUAAAUUGGAAAUAAUAGUUAUAAUAAUCUUAUUUAUAUAGCGCUUUUCAAGCUUUAAGCUUAAAGUGCUUCCCAGAUUAAAAGAUUUACAGAAUAAAAAAUAAAAUAUCAGAAACCCACGUUUCUCCUCCUCUGCCUCCCCUUAUCACAUAAACUAAAUGAAGAACAUUAGAGCACAAAUAUUAAACAGCACUGAACAGAUGGUGGUGCAAGCACAAAAACGCAGUUACAUAAAUCAAUAAAAUGUAGAUAAGAGAAUUAAGCUCAAAUAAGCAGAUUAAAUUAAGAAUAAAAGAAAAGCAGAUAAAGUGCUAAUAAAGGAGAUUAUGGCAUAUAAAAUAGCUAAAAUGCCCAUAAAAGUACAAAUUCUUGAAUUUGAAACAUUAAAAGUGCAAUAUGGAAGUGCAUAAAAUAGUCACAUGGGAAAAUAUCACUGACCAGCUAAUGAUAACCUUUGGGCUGGUUUCAUACACGGAGUGGUUACAUCGCAGCUUGUUGUCUCGCUCAACACUGAACCAUUUUCACACAAAAAAAAAGAAAAAAAAAGAAAAAGUUGUUCCCAUGAAUCACUUCGAUAUAAAACAUGUGAAAAUAGCCUUCAGGUUAAAAAAUACCAAAGUUUCCGUUUGAAACAAACAUCUCAACUCAAAGGUUUUGUUCAUUUCUCUGACACGAUGUAAAAGUCGAUGACUUGUGUAAGUGCUCACAUAAGAGAGCCAAAGAAGAGGCUGUGCUCUUACCUCAGCUUAAAGAUGUGAAAAACAAUGUGUGUGUGUGUGUGUGUGUGUGUGUGUGUGUUCAGUGUUGUGACAUGAGUGUGUAUGUGUGUCU